AUGGAGGGGAGAGUCUCACCUAGUUUAGGCGUUGGUGUGUGUGUGGAGGCUGUGGAAAAGAGGAUGUGUGCAUCACUAAUGCUGCCGAAUAGAAAGAUCCUGGUGGAAUUUAAGUAUGAGAAAUUAGUCAGUCUUUGUUUCUACUGUGGCUACUUAGGCCACCAAGACAGAAAUUGUGAAAUAAGAUCAUCAGAUAUCAUCAAUGCCUCAAUUAAAGAAGGGCUAUUUGGUGAAUGGUUGAGAGCUCAAGAUUACCCUCAUCUCCAUCAUAAUUCAACUCAUACUUUCAACUCUGGAUCCCCCAAACCCAGUACCAGUUCCCCUUAUAAACCUGCACCUCCAGAGAAAGCCUCAUCCCUAAUCUCUGAAUCAGGUCAGCAGCCCUUACAUAAACCCUCAUCUCCUCAACCUAACCACUCUUCCCCUAUCAUUCCUUCAUCACCCUCUAAUCCUCAGCAUGGUGGGUUGAGGUUUGACAUCAGACAUGGCAGGGAAAUCCAUAUUUGGAAUCAACCAUGGAUCCCUACCAUUCCCAAGGUCACCAAUAGACAAGUUCAGAGCAGCCUAACUUGGGUGAGUGAACUCAUUGAUGAGACUGGAAGGAAAUGGAACACAGACACUCUUCACUCUAUUUUUUCUCCUUUGGAAAUUGCAGCAAUUCUUCAAAUAAAGGAUCUUGAUCCUAAUGGAGUGGACAAACUUGUGUGGGAUGGAGCUAGCAAAGGAAAACCCCUCUCACCCCCUGAGUCUGUCGUCCAUGCUGAACAAACUCCUCCAAAUCCUCCCGAUCAAACUGCCGACCAGGCUACUAACACCGAAGCAACUUCGAAUGCUUCUUAA